UUUCAAACGUUAUUCUGUAAACUCACCUUUUAUAUGGGGAUACUCCAUAUAGUAAUUAACUGCAAUGGCAAACACACAGGCAUGAAUAAACGGGGUCAGUCUGGCAUUCUUGCAAGUGACGUACUUGGCACGGUAGCUGUUCCAUAUCCUGCACCAUCCCUUCCACAAAGGAUCGGCUCCUCUGGAUAAGUUAGUUGCAAAAUAGUCUCCCACGUUACGAAUCUUUGUUUCCCCCAACGAGGUCAUCUUCUCUUUGGCGUCUUAUCCUUAAAACUGUCAAAAUUCGACCGUACUUUCUGGCCACAGUACUUCAACCGUGAUGUUGGUUUGUGGGUGAAGAAAAAUAAUUAUGGGUUGCAAUGUCCCACAGUUCCAUAGUGCUCGUAUCCUUAGGAGAGUUUCUGCUGACCAGAAUGACUUCUUUUGGAGAAAUCGUUUGAGAAAUCAAUAUUUAUGUGCAAUUUAUGACCGCUAGAAACCAACAAUUGGACAGAAAUAUUUCUUAAUGAACACUUCUUCUUCGAAGUCUCGCUUUGUCUAUACGCCCAAGAUCAAACGAUCAAACAUAAUUUUUCAGAUGUAUUUGGCGACAGUGUUAACGGGACUUGUGAUCGUGCUAGUCUUGUUGGUGUAUUGGCUCAGAGGACGGAAGGAUCUAUCUAAACCAAGGAUUUGUAUCCUGGUACUUGGAGACAUUGGUAGAAGUCCUCGUAUGCAGUACCAUGCACUUUCAUGCGCAAAGGCGGGCUAUCAUGUGGAUCUGGUUGGAUUUGGAGGAUCCAAUCCCAUCAAGGAACUAGCAGAAAGUGAAAAAGUCACCAUAAAUACAUUGCCAGAAUUUCCAGAAUUGUUUAGAGGUUUGCCCAGACUGCUAUUUUAUGUUACAAAAGCAAUCAUCCAGUUUCUACAGCUCUUUGUAAUUCUUCUUCACUGUGGAUCACAGUGCACACAUAUAUUAGUUCAGAAUCCUCCAGCUAUUCCAUCCUUGGCAGCAGCCUGGUUUACAAGUCUGUUGUGUGGCAGCCAAUUUGUUAUUGACUGGCACAACUAUGGUUUUACUAUACUGGCUCUUGGAGUGAAAAAUCCCCAACAUCUGCUGGUGAAGAUAGCUAAAUGGUAUGAAUUCUUUUUUGGUGGCAUGUCAUCAAGUAAUCUGUGUGUAACUCAGGCAAUGAAGAGAGAUUUAUGGGAACACUGGGGAAUCAGAGCCCACACACUGUAUGACAGGCCUCCAUCACGGUUUCAUGAAAUGGACCUUUCUACUCAACACAAGCUUUUUCAAAAACUUUCCAAGGAAUAUGAAGUUUUCAGUACAACAGAAAGCCCUUCAGAAUACAAGACAGAUGUUGAGUCCAUGACGGCAUUUACACUUCAGUUAAAAGAUGGAAGAAUUCUUUACAGACAAAAUCGGUCUGCUCUUCUGGUCAGCAGUACAAGCUGGACAGAGGAUGAAGACUUCUCCAUCUUACUGGAUGCUCUUGAAGCAUACGAGAAAUUUAUCACUGAGGACCAAGAAGCUCUUCCCUCAUUAGUUUGUGCAAUAACUGGCAAAGGACCAUUAAAGGAGUAUUAUCAAACAAUUAUCAGUACAAAGAACUUUAAGCAUGUAAAAAUCUGCACACCAUGGCUAGAGCCAGAGGACUAUCCAAGGCUUCUUGGUUCAGCUGACCUUGGUGUGUGUCUUCACAAGUCUUCAUCAGGACUUGACUUACCCAUGAAGGUGGUAGACAUGUUCGGCUGUGGCUUACCAGUGUGUGCUAUACACUUUGAAUGCCUGCAUGAGUUGGUAAAACAUGAGGACAAUGGGUUGAUUUUCCAUGACAGUAAAGAGCUAGCUCAGCAACUUAAGAAACUCUUUCGUGGCUUUCCCGUUAGCAAACCAUUACUCACAAGUUACAGAGAAAAUCUAGCACGUUUUCAAAGGACUCGAUGGGAUGCAAGUUGGAAUAAAAUCGUCUUGCCAUUACUAAAAGAAAGAUGACGCAUCUUUUAAAAGAUUAAAGUUAUCGUUUCGCAAAUAUUGUUCGUAACGAAAUAAAAUAAAUUAAAUUUGAAGUUAGAUUUUUGCGAAGCCCAUCCAAACAAGUUGUGCCUUUUGGAAAAUGUGAAUAUUUUCAGGCUGAGCGAACUGACUCUUAAAAAGUGAGUAAUACACGUAUUUAAACACGUCGACUCGUAAUAAAACGUUUUAAGUUUAAUUCAGUUAUGCUGCAAAUGUAAAA